AUGUCAACGCGGACAGAAAGUGCGGCAGUCCGUCUGCGACCAGUCGGUUCCCUAUUCUUUCUGAGCCGUCCGAAUGAGAAGAGAGCAUUCGAUUCGUUAGCCGGCUCGGGAUUCGGAGCAUUCAACAAAAGAGCAUUCGACACGAUGGGCGGUCACGGAUUCAGUGGAUUCGAUAAGCGGGCGUUCGACUCGUUGGCUGGAAGCGGUUUUGGUGCAUUCAACAAGAGGGCAUUCGAUAGUUUGGCCGGUUCUGGAUUCGGAGCAUUCAACAAACGAGCAUUCGACUCAUUGGCUGGAAGUGGAUUCAGUGGAUUCGAUAAGAGAGCAUUCGACUCGUUGGCAGGACAAGGAUUCGGAGCAUUCGAGAAACGAGCAUUUGAUACUGUGAGUACAUCCGGCUUCGACGACUUCAAAUUGUGA